AUGACUGAGGUCUGGCGAGACAAAAUAUUGCCGGAGAUCCUCAGUCAAAACAAAAAGCCGAAGACGUCGAUCGGCAUCUACGUCGUGAUGCACCACGAGGUGACGGUGCUGUCGCUGCUGGAGGUAAUGACCUUCCGUUUUCAGUCGUCCGUGAAGCCUGACUCAGCGGUGGAGGCUCUCGGCGAUCUGGUUCUGGACGUGAUCGACUACUGCCACCGGGCGCUGGUCAACCUGCUGGCGCACCCGGAGAUCCGACUGGAGAGGGACGAGACGGCCGCCGAGCCGCCCAUCGAGGUACAGCUGGGCCGGCAGCGCGACUCGCUGCGCUUCAUGGCCGCCGUGCAGAGCAUCACGCUGCUGCAGCACAUUUGCGAACAGCUGAGCCGGCUGACCAAGUACGAGCGGCGCCAGUGGGUCGCCUCGCCACCCGACGACCUGGCCGUGGCCAAGAUAGAGGGCCAGCUGUGGCUGACGCUGCUCUAUAUCCUCAUGGACCGGGAGCACCUGGCUCUGUACGAGAUCUCCGAGUACCGGCGCGGCCAGCUGCUGCGACUGCAGAAGCACCUGACGGACACGGUGCUGGAGCAGGUGCCGCCGCUGGGCGCGCUGCGCCAGUGGCUGGCGCACAUCUCCGUCAGUCCGCCGCCGCCGCCGGCGCGCUCCGGCGUCAUCAUCGAGACGGUGCCCGAGCUGCGGCAGGCGCUGCUCGACAGACACGCCGGCCGCUGGGCCAAGCUGGCCAGGCAGCAGCUGGAGCGCCACUUCCGCACCGACCUGGCCUCCAUCCAGGAGCAGGCGCGCCGGCUGGCGGCCGUCUAUGACCUGGACAAGAUGGCGCCGCUGAUGGCCGAGAGCACGCGCUGCGCCGCCUGCGGAGAGGUGGCCGUCAAAAAGUGCUCCCGCUGCAAGGCGGCCUGGUACUGCGGCCGCCAGUGUCAGGUCAAACACUGGCCCGUCCACAAGCCAGACUGCGACGCGGCGUGA